UUCUCCGGUGUUCUCUUGUCCCUUAUGGGCGUGUGCGCGCGCGCGGCGCGUUCACAAUACACACCAGGAAAUAUGGCGGCGCUCAUGACUCUCAGUCAGUUAUCAAAUGGAAAUGCCGCUUAUGAACAUUAUUACAGACAGCUUGAUCCAGCAAACACAGGCAAAAUAUCAGCAGGCGAUGCAGCUCAGUUUCUUAAAAAGUCUGGAUUAUCAGACAGUACACUUGGAAAAAUUUGGGAUUUGGCAGAUUCUGAUAGAAAAGGAUAUUUGGAUAAGAGGGGUUUCUUCAUCGCGCUGAGACUUGUGGCGUCAGCACAGGGUGGAAAUGAUAUAAGCCUUAACAGCCUCAACCAAAGUGUAACUGCACCAAAAUUUAGAGACACUGACAGUCCGUUGCUAACUGGAUCAUUAGCAGCGUCUGAUUGGGCGAUUAGGCCUGAUGAAAAGGGGAAGUUUGAGGCGAUAUUUGAAAGUCUAUCCCCUAUAAAAGGUCUCCUAUCUGGUGACAAGGUCCGACCUGUUUUAAUAAACUCCAAGCUACCUCUGGAUGUUCUGGGAAAGAUUUGGGAGCUUAGUGAUGUUGACAAGGAUGGACAUUUGGACAAAGAAGAAUUCACUGUGGCUAUGCAUCUUGUAUAUCGUACUAUGGAGAAGGAGCCUGUUCCAAGCAGCCUGCCGUCCUCUCUUAUCCCACCUUCCAAAAGGAAAAAAUCAGCACCAGCCCUUCCGGGCGCCGUGGCCGUGCUGCCUGGCCUUGGAUCCAGCCCCAUUGCUCUCAAAGAGACUCUGCGGAGCUCUCCUUCUCUUAGAAGCUCCACUCCUCCUAUCGGGAGCACUGUUCCUGCUAUGGGUGGCUUUACUCCCCUCAGUCCCAGUGCUGUCAAACUGUCUCCACAACACUCCUUUAAAUCCAGCUCAGCAUCCACUCCAACGGCUGCAGUGAACUGGGUGGUACCUGUAGCCGACAGAGAAAAAUAUAGGGAGCUUUUCAACAAAACCGACAGCGAUGGGGACGGCUUCAUCAGCGGGACGGAUAUUAUUGAGAUCUUCAUGCAGUCCAACCUUUCUCAGACGAUGCUGGCGCAGAUCUGGGGACUCGCCGACACAAAACAGACAGGCAAGCUGACACCAGAGCAGUUUGCUCUGGCCAUGCAUUUCAUCCAACAGAAGGUGACUAAAGGCAUAGACCCCCCCUCAACUCUGACAUCAGAUAUGAUCCCCCCAUCAGAGAGGACUGCAGGAUCAGCUAUGGGUCUCGGCUAUAUGGGGAUUCUUCCUUCUGUGAGACCAGACCUUGUUUCUGCAGCUAGUAUGCUCAGAGAUAGCACCAGCUCCAUUGGGUCAGUUGAGCUUACAGGCAACAAAGAGCUGGAUGACCUCAGCCAGGAAGUAGCUCAGCUGCAGAGGGAGAAAUUCUUCCUGGAGCAAGAGAUUCUUCAAAACGAGGAAGUCAUUAGACAAAAAAACAGUGAUGUUCAGGACAUGCAGAUGGACCUGGACAGAGAGAGCAGCAGCCUUCGUAGCCUGGAGGCCCAAAAGCAGGAUUCCCAGGGACGUCUGGACGAGAUGGACCAGCAGCGCUCCAAACUGGAGGGAAUGCUCAAUGAACUGAAGCAGAAAUGUCAGGAGGAGAGUCAACAGAUCUCUUCUUUGCAAAGCCAAAUCCGUUCUCAGGAGACUAGCGUCCGCAGCCAGGAGGAUGAGCUGAAUCGCACCAAGGCAGACCUGAGUCGUCUGCAGGAGGAGGAGGCCCAGCUGGAGCAGAGGUUGGCCUCCGGUCGCAUUCAGCUGGACAGUGUGGUGAAGUCACUGAAAACCACACAGGACGAGAUCAAUCAGGCUCGCAGUAAGCUUUCACUGAUCCAGGACACCCAAAACGAACUGACCAAAACUAUUGAGCAGUACAACAGCGCUUUGAGCGAAAUCAACAGGGGAAACUUAAGCAACCUGCCGGAUCUAAGCCCGGGUUUCACUGAGAGGGAGAAUGGAGGCUUCAGAAGCACGGAUGACUCUUUUAAGUCAAGGAUAGCCAUGUUUAACAACAGUGCUAAAAAGGAGCCCCCAGCAGACCCCUUCCAGGUAGAAGACCCGUUCAAGUCGGACCUUCUAAAAGAUCCAUUUGGUGAAGAUCCCUUCAAAGAAAAUGAUCCCUUCAAGGGAUCCUCAUCUGAGGAUUUUUUUAAAAGACCCAAGACAGACGUGUUUGGCUCUGGGGAACCUUUCAGUAGGAAACCCACACCGCCAGCCAAGCCUGGUGCCUUUGGGAGCGGUGACCCCUUCAAAUCCAACAGCUCUAAAACAAAAGAUUCAGAUUUGUUUGCAAAAGCGGACCCUUUUAGAAGCAGUUCCUUCGGAGGAAAGGGUGCUGGAUUUGCUGACUUCAGUCACAUGUCUAAGAAGCCUGACCCUCCAGCAAAGAAAAAUGUGCCAAACCGGCCUGCACCUCCCUAUGUAAAUCUGCUCGGUUCGAGUGCGUCAGAGCUACGGCAGGGUGUCGGUAGAGAUUCUUUUAUUCUGGCACAGCCAAGAAACGAAUCCAAAGACUGUCCUGUGGGUUUUGGUUCUGAUCUGAAGUUGAGAAGUUUGGAAGUGAGAACCAGCAGCUGGAGUGGGCCAAGCGGGAGAGCGAGCGUGAGGAGCAGGAGAGGCUGAUGAGGCUGCGGUUGCAGGAGCAGCAGGAUCUGGAGCUGGCCAUCGCUCUUAGCAAGGCAGACGCUUCCAACACCUGAGCAGGACGACGGCCAGCUCAGCUCUCCGUCCACCUAACUGUCCUCCGUUCUCCGUUUACAGGCUCAUGACCUCAGAUCCCUCUUUUUUUCCUUUUCUUUUUUUUUAACCAAGUGGUUUAAGAAACCUGUGUUUCUUCUGUUAUGACUGGACUCUCAUCAAGUGACUCUAAAUUUCAAACCAUUAAAGGUACAGCUUCCAAACACCAACUUUAAACAGGGAGAAUUCAGAGCUUAGCUCCACACAACAAAAACAUCACAGGCUACCCAGCACUGCUGACUUCUCAGCCGGCCUGGUGGGUAAACCCUUUAAGAAGAGUCAAAAUUAGGUUCAGCACAUUAUCUAUAAUUACUUCAAACCCUGAGCUACAGUACCCAUCAUCUCUUUGUGCGUAAAGCGUCCCAGGUCAAUGAUGACAUAAAAUUGCCAUCUUAGUUACCAUAACAGUGCUGUUACAACCCUUACCAGACAGUAGCAUGGAUUUCCUUCUUAACACUAGCAGCCAUCAUUAUUACUUGGUUAAUGUAAAUAUCUAAUUAUGGGAGCUUCCCAAGUGCUCUGCUGUCUUAUUUAACCACCCAGACGUAAACUUUCUGUCAAUUUAGAGAUGCACCAAUCCCAAA